AUGAUAGGACGAUGCCGCGAAUUUGUGGAUCGGGUCUACGGACAGUGUCGCCUGGCAACUGCCUUCGCGCAGAUGGAGGCCAACCUCAAGGUCGUCUUCCCUGCAGGCAUCGUCGAGUGGGACGGAACGAGAAGCGCGGGGUCCAAAGACAAGUCCAAGAAGCAGGUCACCCAUGUCGGCCGGUUCCUCAUCGGCUGCCAUCGGAGCACCGACCACAAGGUCUUUCUGCCUUUGCCGAACAGAACCACGAAGCUGGGUGCACCAGGUAGUUUCGGUUCAAAGAUUCCUUGCAACAGCAACAUGUCAUGUCCAGUGGAUGACGAUUUUGUCCUGGGUCUGGGGGCUGCACUCGCAGCAGCUUUAGACCUGGCCUUCCCGCAUGUGGAUGCUCGCCGACUUUGGAAAACGGGGUUCCUGAGCCUCGCUCUGAAAGUAACUCAGGCUUCUUUCGCACUCCGAUGCUACUUGGGGCCAGACCAAAGCCAGGCCGAUCUCCAUGUCUUGACACUGGCUGCUUCAGUCCUGGCUUCCUUGGACGCAAGUGAUGACAUCAUCACUGUCAUGCCUGUCGAGUUUGCGUGCUUGGAGUUUGCGGCGGACAAUGUUUCCUUUAGGCAGCAGGUGCGCAAAUGGGCGGGCCAUCAGUGGAGAUGCUGCCUGGAAGCCUUGUGUGCGGACAUCCGCAAGCUUCUGUUGGAAACGCAGCGUCGACAAGCACUCUUCGAGCACACCGUUGCCUUGCGACAACUUUUUCUGGCAUGGUCCAGAAUCCUGGAAGACAUAUCUCUCCUGGGCACCGGCCUUUUGCUCUCGCCAAACACUGUCGAAGACAGCCCGCCAGAGAGCGCCGAAGAGGUCAAGAACUUGAUCGCGGCGAAAGUCUCCAACAAGCAACACGUGAUUGGCAGUGAUGCAGGCAGAGGUUUGGCCAAGGCUUACAAAGAGCUCGGUCUCUCCGCUGCUACAGCAGCGCACAGCCGCAACCACUUUACUCCAACCACGAAUUUGGGCACCGCAAAGCUUGGAAAAAAAGCUUUGAAAUUCCUCGGUAGCAAAGCCAGGGCUAAGAUCUCCUCUCGGUCCGUGACCCUUGUAGGGGGGGACCAGAGAUGCGAGGCCUUGGCAGGAAGCAUGAAGCGCAUGCUCCGUCGUCUGGGUCUCCUUGGAAAGGGUGGUCGAACAAAAUCCCACAUCCAAGGCUUGUCUGCUGUGUUCUUGAGUGAGAACACCGGCCUCGAGGCAGUC